AUGAUAACUAAUGCCACUGGUGUCCUGGAGAAGGUUUAUGUGAAAGAGACUCCUCAGAAAACAACGGUUUUAUCGCAUAAUUCAGAGAUUAGCGAGAAGAUCUCAAAGUUAAUGCAGAAGAGCGGAGGCUGGCAACGUCAACCAACACUGUCGCAGUUCAGAAGCUGGUGCAACUUGAACGGUGCAACAUCUGACACGGUGCAACUUGAACGGUGCAACAUCUGA